GACGUUCAUCUUUGGUCAAUUCUAAACUGCCAUCUCCAAGGGAUUCCAGAUGGGUGAGCCCCAGACUUACUCCUCCGACGGAAGAUUCAAGCCCUAUGCUAGACCCUACUCUGGAGCAAAGGCGAUCGGUGUCCGAACCGGUCAGCCCUAGGGCGUCUUUCGGGGAUCUUAAACUUCAAAGCAGCCGUCGUGAUGGCUCGAUGACUUGUUUCCCGAAAUUACCUUCAAGGACAUCUACGACUGAUUGGCUCACACCCUUAGGCUUAUUCGGGGAAUCCAAUAUGUCGCAACAUAAAUCAACGACGCCAGACCUCUAUGUUCUUGGUAUCGACGCGCACUCGGGAGCCAGCGCGCCAAAGCCUCUAGGAGUAGUCGAGGAAUCACCGCUCCUGACCCCGACCUCGGCCCCGGUUGAUAAUUUCCCCUUUCAGUCUUCUGGCCCGCAGUGGCCCACGCAAGUAGAUGAAGGAUCCGACACACAUCUCAAAGCAGGUUCCGCAAUUGGCGUCUCGGCACAUCGACGAAAGAGCAGCUUCAAACCAAUAGAAGCUCCGAAGCCUCAUCCGAAUCACGGUCUUCUAGAUACAUUGCGCCGAUACAGCUUCAUGCCACUAUUAGACCAGACGCCAGAGAACAUCCGUGAGGCAUCACCCCCAGCCCGAACGUGGACCGAUCUGCCUCUACGAGAAGACGGCGGAAGGAAGAAUUCUUCAAUGGAUCUAUUGCAGGAGAUCCUGGAUAGGAAACCGGCAUCGAAGAUGCCGUCUCGGAGAUCGUCGCGAAGACCGUCGCACAUCAACGUUGAUAUUCAGGGCCGAAGCAGAACGGGUACGGCGUCAUCGCAAAGGAGCGGGCGAGAUCGUAUGUCAUGCUCGGAAGAUCAUAUGCCGCAUAUUUGUACGGACGAGCAACUGACGCCCCUAGGGUCCGAUACGACUUGGUUUGGGUGAGAUAUCGACUAUUGUGAUUACCUAAGUAGAUUGGCGAAACGAAAGUUGGGUCUAUUAGAGUCGCCAGAGAUUCACGUCAAAUUAAGAACCAGAUUUUCCCUGAAAUAUUAUUUAAUUGAUCUUGAUUGUGUACGUGUGACAGUGAGCAGUUCA